UGCACCGGUGGACUGAUGUACAGCCAUGAGCUGCAAACUUGUGAUUGGCCACGGAACGUGGGCUGCGAUGCUUCCACUCAGCAGGCCCAAUCCACUCCAUCAAGAACCACCGUCACUCCUCGGGUGCCACAGGUUUUAUCCAGAAUUCGAUUCUCCUCCAGUCCAGCGUCGGCGCCAUCUGCUCCUUCCGCUCCUUCGGGUCCCUCAGGACCGAGUGCUCCGUCGGGCCCAUCCGGUCCAGGACCGUCGGCACCAGCACGCAUCCAGCCGAUCCACUCACUGCCGCCUCCACCGCCGCCUGCCAAUCCAAAUCCGGUGAUUACAACUCGCGGUCAACCUAAGAAUUCUCCACAAGAAGACAUAGCUAAGCUCUACGCUGAAGCUCACGACACACUUCCACCGGUAGAAGAGGAAGAAUCCGAUCGCCAACAGCGUGUAUACCGCGGGCAACCAAGCACCGUUACUCAAGUGCAGCGUGACCGAGACGGAAUUCUGCAACAGCCUAGCGUAAAUGCCAUUCCUACGCAGACCAAAGUAGGUUCCUUUGCGUACAGUGCCCAGCCACAGCCGUUCAGUGACGAAGACCAACUGCAAGACCUAGACCGUGAAGAGAGACCCUCUGAUAGCAAAACUCAUGAUCGAAAGAAACGAGACGUGGCUGUGGACAGUGCAAGAACCUCUACAGGUACCGAAGACGUGCAAGACAAACAGAACCUUCCAAUCAAUACAACCAUAAGUCACCAGGAUGACUUCGCCGAAUCGACAAAGCUUACGGAUCCGACCCUGCUCGAAGCGGAAGUAAACAGCGAGGAGAGCGCACGAAGUGCUCGGCAACUAAGGCCACUGGGAAACUGGCAGUACAGAUCGCUGGACACUUCGCUCUCCCGCCACAACAGCUUCCCUCCGAGCAGCUUCGAUCCGUAUGCAUACUCUGCGGGUCCUACUUCGGCAACCUACCUCAAAUCCAGAGCACGGUAUUACCAGCCACAAAUUUAUAACAAAAAAGUAAUAACAAAUAAUUAUAACGACUACCUCGAGGCUUACGUUAAAUCUAAACAACAUGGCGGUAGCCAGUACCUGAGACCAGUAGAAGUCACAAACUACAAGCCAGUAGAACCACAAAACUACAAACCAGUUACCAAAAUAAAUCCUCAAGAUAGCCUGAUACCGUUACUGAUCUCGAAUCAAUCACCCAGACCCCAGCAGUAUCAAACCGCAUUUACAGCCGCAGCCUUCGUGAACAAUCAAAAUGGUAAGAAAUAUUCAACACCCGUCCCGGAUACCGACGACGGAACCAUCCCGGAUAACUUUGCGUAUUUUCACUUCGGGAACCACUACUCAUCGACUCCAAUUUCGGUUAACAACCACGCCAAGAAUGGGGUUAAAAGCAAUCCAGUUCCUCAGCAAUCGCACAAAGUAUCACAAUCCACCAACCGAAGUCCGUUCAUAGCGUUCAGCUCUGUCGGUGGAUUCUUCAACAAUCAACCGACUGCGAAUCCCCUUAAAGAAUCCUUCAUCGGGGUAUCGAAACACGCAAAUAACAACCAACCAAUUCAAAAAGCCACGCCGAAGAUUCUCGCUGGCCCAAGUACGCCAGCUCCAGUCUACGAAAAUGCCAACUCCCUCACACCCCUGCACCGAUUCCCGGUCACAACACCUAAAACUACAGUCUCCUCGUUGGAAUACUAUCCACAAAAUCUCUUCCUAAGCCAUAGCAACCUAUUUAAUGGCGGUAAUUCACCAGCCAUAGUUAGCUACGGUGGUUACAACGACAAACCAGUGCCGGUAUACGAGUCGUCUACUCUGCGACCGGCAGGAUACUUUGUAACCAAAUCAACUAACGGCUUCCAGCCGAUCACCGUCUCCACAACACCUCGCUACUACCAUGCGGGAAGUCAAAACACGCCCGAUUACACUCAGUUUUUCGAAAGUGUUAAGAACACUCACAUCAAACAAGGUGAUUCUAAGCUAGUCGAUGGACUGCAGAACAUCGGAGCUCAGUAUCCGAAAAAUAGCACCACAAACUUACGGCCGAUUUCUAGCGGACAACAGUACAAUAAAAUCGUUGCUUAUGGCCCAUCGACCGUAAAACCAAUCCACGAAUCAAAUGAGUACUACUACGAACAGGAAGACAAUGGUCAUAAAUAUGUGAAAAAUACUCUCAACAGUAACCGCAAACCAACCUAUCCCAAACGUCCCAGUGAAGAGGACGAGGAAGAAUAUUACGAGGAUGAUGAUGAAGAUGACUACGAGUACAGAUUUCCGAUCAAUAAGUCCAAGUAUACUCCGAUGACGGAAACGAUGGCUCCAAGACCGCUAGCAAAUCUGACUACUCCUAAGCCCGGUUCGUAUGUGUCCGGCCAUGUCUUCUACAAAAAUCACAAAUACGAAACAACUACGUGGCGUCCGAACACGAUCACUACCCAUGCAUCAACCACGAGCGACAUUCCACCGAUCAUCACCUUUCCCGAGGAUGUAUUCCAAGGGAUCAAACCGUUCGGGGACAUUCCCCGCUAUCAAAACAAAUCGACUGUGCGACCGUACAUCGUGCGGACUCGUGUCCGACCAACGGCGAUUCCAAAUGCGAACCUCAUAGACGAAACUACCUCCAAGGAACUGCAGCGGACGACCGCUAAAUCUCACAGUUCUAAGCAUACUGUUAAGACGACCCCGUCAACAACAACAACGACGAAGACGACGACAACCACUACCACCACGACGACCGUACCUCCGCCGAUCCGGACGCGACCCACCACGACCGCUUCGACCUAUGAAACAACCGCGCGCAAACGGUACACGGUCCGACCGAACCGAGGCCAGCAACGCUGGCGUACUACUACUGAGACCCCCGAACAGCCUACCGUUAGCACCAGACCGAACAAGAACCAACUCCGUAACGAUCGUUUGGAACUCGAUGAACGGCUACCAAACAGGGUUGAAACAUCUUCACCGGCACCGAGCAGAUACAACAACGACCAGCAGCAGAAAACUGUCCUUAGCCAGAGCAGCAAAAACUACUACAACACCAGCAACUACGAUCCGUCGGCGUACGAUAACUACUUUGCCGUCUACGACGAGGACGUGGAACUGUACCGAGAUGUUGAAUAUCAACCGCAGUACAACCAAAACAACCAGCAGUCAUCGCAACCACCGCAGAGGCCGACCGUAUCGUCCACCUACCGUCCAACCGUGGUCACAACCGUCGCUCCAACUUCUCAGCGCGAUCAGUCACUGUAUGUUACUUCUCCCCGAACUACCUAUCAACAGCGGCCCUCCUAUCAAGCCGAUUAUGAUGAUGCCCUUGUGUCACAGCUCGAAGAUGAUCGUUAUAAUCAGAAACAAACACACACCCAACUCAGAAAUGAUUUGAACUCAAUUACUGAUCGUCCGAUAUUGGUAUCGUCAACGAUACGUACCUUUAACAGUCCAAAAUAUCAGACAGCUUAUGUAACAUCACCCGAACCGUUCUCACUUCCAUCAACAACCACAACAAGAACCACUACAACAACCACGACCAUCACUACAACACCUGCCCCGCUACAGUACUAUACCACAAGAUCAUCACAAUUGGAUGAAAAAAGCAAAAAAUCGACUCCCAAAACAAUUAUAUUAACACUCGCAGCACGCGCGGGUUCUUCCACCACAACUACGGAAAGUCCCCUCCUAGUAUCCUUUUCUCCGUUUUCCUAUACCACCGGCCGAUCCGGCAGUACCGCCAGUACCGCCAGCUCAAACAUCUUCAGACUUACUAAAAACAGCACGAGCACAUCCUCCACGACGACUAGCACCACCACAAGCACCGAGCCUAAUCCUUCCUCGUUCCUUUCCUCGAGUAGUGAAACGUACGAUAAUCAACCCAACCGAAUCCCUCCUGAAAUCAAAUUCCAUCCCAUUCCCGAUGACAGCUAUUACGAUGACGAUGAGUACCCACUAAGUAAAACCAGGUAUGAAUACGACUCUCAAGACAAUGACAGCAGCAACGAUCAAUCGAGUAAGAAGUAUAUUACUCAAAAGCUGCUCCCAAUUAAUUCACCAUCCUCUAAUUACGGUUCAUCCGGUCCUCGAGAAAAUAGCCCUUUUUCGUACGACCAACCAAAAAAGUACUUUCCUUCCAACUAUAACAAAUUUCAUUCGUCGUCAACGAGUACCACUACGACUACCACGAAAAGGCCAACAACCGCGACACCUACCACCACUUCCACUAGCACUACUACUUCCACUACUACUACGACUACUAUUACACCGCGAACAACAAGUAUUCCUAUAACGCAACGGCAAAAGAUACAAAACUAUAUCGUGUCGGAAGUACAACCGGAAAGCUUCAAGCCGUUCAAUAGCGUAACGUCAUCGAAAAUCGCUUCCCCAUCGGAAAACGAUAACAAUCUUAAUUCCGGCGUUCGAACCCGUGGUCAAAAUACCUUUCUCAAAGCUCUCGGUACUACGCUUUCCGCUACUCAGCAAUCCACUAUUGCUACCUCCACCAACGCUACUCCCGCUUCCGCUUAUUCUUCUGUUGCACAUACACGAGUAAAACCUACCGAGCACCAGCCGGACUCCGAGGACAUAAUUCGACUGACAUUAAAUUCCAAGUUUGGCAACUCUCAAACUGUGUCUGGGUCCCCACAACCCACGCGGCACUUUGUCCGACCAGAGCAGCUGGAGGCGAAUGAUACAAUUCGACUGACGUUGAAUGCAGCCAUUGCAUCUUCCUCGACUACGCCUCGUGCUCCGUAUUCUCCCUCGUCACCUCGUUAUACCGUUUUCGAUGAAUCGAGUCGCUCCACUACUGCUCAAUCCAAGUUCGUACACUCUAGUACUACUACUACUACUACAGAUCGUUCGGUAAGCCAUCCUACCCGAUAUGAAAUCAAACCCGAGCAAUUUCAAAAUAACAAGUCCAUUCGAUUAACCUUGAGUGCGGGCGUAGGUGGCAAGCCAACGCUAGCAAAAGGUUCCGUUGAAACCAUUGACAUCACUUCCUCUGCUCCUAGGUACAUUCAAUUUACUCAGUCGGAUGCAGUAUUCACAACUACGUCCGAACCUAGUACCACCACUCCUAAGGUACUACGGCUUUCCCCAAGUUCUACUUCAUUUCCAACACGAUCCCGCUACUAUCAGGAUCGUGGUGAAUCUAGCCCGUCUGUCCGACCUACUUCCAGACCGACGAAAGUUAGCUUUCAAGACACUGACCCGACUGCCUCAAGUGAAUGGUCUCCAUCGUAUCAAAAUAAAAUUUUAUCCAGCCCUCAAACGAACACACUUCAGGAAAGCGAAGAACAGGAACCAGACGACCUUUUGAUUCCAUCUAAAGCUGAGCAAAACUAUCACAACCAACUGGAAGUCAAAACGCCUCCUCCAACUCGUUUUCCACCCCGAACCAGCCCACCUCCAACCGCUGCAGAAGACAGCAGAAAAAUUGCCGAAGCAGUGCAAAGCUUUACGAGCCGAGGGCAGGUUUUCAAAGAAACACUCAACAAAACUCUCGAACCCUCUAACAAUCCCCGCGUUGUGGUGUCCCCCUUCAAGAGCCUUGAAGUUCAGCGACAAACCACCUCGUCGGACAAACCGUUCGCAUACUCUACAUCUCGAGUAAUUGCCAACAUUUACAGAACUACAACAGAGGCGCCACAGAGGGAAUCACCUUUUCGAAGUUACUUCCUAAUAACAGCACCUCCCAAGCUAACGAAUACCGGCAAACUCUCUAGCCUGCCAAUUUCCAGUACAACCGAAGCGACUACAACUGCAAGUACUACUACUACUACUGAGCCUACAACUACUACUACAAGCACGACUCCCUCUACUACAACUACCACAACAUCUACAACUUCCACCACUACCAGUACAACCCCGCUUACCACAAGUAUGGCAUUCACUUCUUCUUCGUAUUCCUCGUCUACGGAGGACACCACCUCUACCACUGUGCCAAAAACCACCGAAGUCUAUCGGGGCCGAUACCGCCCCGUUUUCAAUCUGGUAAAAUCACCAGAAGCAUCCGAUGAAUUGACCACCCCACGGUAUCGCAUUCGCAACCGUAUUCCCACGAGACGCACAUACACCCGUCUCAGGCCAACCGCUCUUACCGCGUCUAGUAGGUCACACAUCACUGGCAAAGAUAUUAACAACAAACCGUUUACUAACACCGAAAGUACACUACUUUCCGUAUCGACGGAGUAUUCCGACCGGCGCGUUUCCUCGACAACCAGUUCGUAUUUGAACCGCAUCAGUAGUACCGAACGAUCUCGCUAUGGCAGUGAAGACUCGUCGGUAAAAUCUUCACAUUACAAGUCGCGUUUUAGUGACGAUAGCGCUGAAGUAUUCAAGAAAGUUACGGUCCCCUCGGAAAACGUUACCUCGCGCGCGAACAAUGAACCGGCUAAGGUUGUUGAAAUCACCGACAAACCCGUCUACUACACUAGUUACCAUCUGACCUCGACUGAAGUAAAUUCUUCUGGACCUCCUCUCAACAGCAAGACUGAGACCACGACGAAGAAGUUUCGAGCGACUGUAGAGAUGCCAGAAAUGAACAUUCCCACCGAAAAGGACCUACUCUCCUACCAGCAGGACGACAGUGCCAGUAACGAAGAAGAAGAGGACGAAGAUGUACCGGACGAAGAGGAUGAAGACCUACCGGAAGAGUACGAUUCUUAUCUCGAGUCGACCAGUGCUGCUCCGACUCCAACUCCGACGACGUCGACCACUACGACGCCCAGCAGUCGACCAGCUGGCCCAUAUAAACCGCUAUAUCGGGCAUCUAAGCGAUUCACUACUACAACCACUGAACAGACUCCACCACAGACAUCUCCACAAUUCAUCCAAGACACCUCAACCCACAGACAGAAUCAGACCAGUACAUUGACACUACCAGUAACCAGUACAACACGAUCGAACCUCGCCUGGACCAGUUCAUCAUCAACCAUCGAUUCAGCUGCCUACUCGGACGAAUCCGAAGAAUCAUACUCACCAUCCAGUUCCGCAAACACCACUACUACCGUAACUACCACCACCAUCACCACUACAACCACCGCCACCAACACUACCCCUCGCUUACCCACAACAUACUCCAUAAACAAGCUCCCACCGCGCGCAUCCAGGGUCAAUAAUGCCAUAAAAACCACGAUUGCGGCCGCACAGCUGCCUCGCCGAUAUAGCAAACCAUCCGCUGGGAAAAGCAUACAAUGCACAGAAAACUCGUUUUCUGCCAAGUGCAACGAAAUCCCGUCGAGAAGAUCCUCUGCGAGUAAUAGCAACCGUAACCGUGGACAACAGCAGCCGCAGUACGUUACCGACAUCCAAUCGACUGUAUCGGCAAACCGAGGAACUCAUCCACCACGCGCCCGUCCUACGUUGAAGCCUGCCCAAACCAUUGUUUCCAAGGCACAGGAAUUCAUCGACAUUUACCGCCACCCGGCAACGCGUCCCGAGCCUCUGUAUCCACAGCCGACACCGGAUAAGACGGCAGCCAAGUGCCGUAAAGACGUUUGCCAGCUGCCCGAUUGCUACUGCGGUGGAAAGGAUGUGCCUGGAGAUUUGCCCGUCGAGCAAGUGCCGCAGAUCGUGUUGCUCACCUUCGAUGAUUCCGUUAACGACCUGAACAAGCAGCUAUACCAGGACCUAUUCGAGCGGGGCCGUGUCAAUCCGAACGGGUGCCCAAUCACCGCCACCUUCUACGUUUCACACGAGUGGACCGAUUACAGCCAAGUGCAGAACCUGUACGCCGAUGGGCACGAGAUGGCAUCCCACACGGUUUCUCACAGCUUCGGAGAGGCCUUUUCGCCGAAGAAGUGGGCCCGUGAAGUAGCUGGCCAGCGGGAGAUUCUCUCCGCUUACGGCGGUGUAAAACUGGAGGAUGUCCGUGGAAUGCGUGCUCCAUUCCUGUCCAUCGGAGGUAACAAAAUGUUCAAGAUGCUGUACGAUUUCAACUUUACGUACGAUUCGUCAAUGCCGGUUUACGAGAACCGCCCACCCAGCUGGCCGUACACAUUGGAUUACAAAAUCUUCCACGACUGUAUGAUUCCACCGUGUCCAACCAAGAGCUAUCCAGGCGUUUGGGAAGUCCCUAUGGUAAUGUGGCAGGAUCUGAACGGAGGCCGCUGCUCGAUGGGUGACGCCUGCUCGAACCCGCCGGACGUUGACGGUGUGUACAAGAUGAUCAUGAAGAACUUCGAACGGCACUACACAACGAACCGGGCACCAUUCGGGCUGUACUACCACGCCGCCUGGUUCACGCAGCCGCACCAUAAGGAAGGCUUCAUACAGUUCCUGGACACGAUCAACUCGAUGAAGGAUGUGUUCAUCGUGACCAACUGGCAAGCCCUUCAGUGGGUACGCGAUCCGACGCCCAUGUCCCGCAUGAACUCGUUCCAGCCGUUCCAGUGUAACUAUUCCGAUCGUCCGAAGCGUUGUAAUAACCCUAAGGUAUGCAAUCUCUGGCACAAGUCCGGUGUGCGGUACAUGCGCACGUGCCAGCCCUGCCCGGAGAUCUACCCGUGGACCGGAAAGACCGGUAUCCGAUCGUCCCGGAUCGACAACGACAUCGAGGUGGCCGACACGAACUAAGUCAUACUAAGCCAGACGACAGCCAGCAGAUGACAACAUGACAACCCUCCACACUUGCGGGGGUUUACGCCGAUGGUACUCUAUUGUGUUUCUGUAUAGGGAUUUUUUAUUAUCACAUUCAAUCGUUAGCGAGAGAAGAGCGAUUCAGUCAAAACAAAAAAAAAACAAAUCAGUCAUCCGGAAAGGUCGGAAAAUGCGAUCGAGUUCCCACGCCCGAAAGGAAAACAAAUGAGAAUAUCAAAAGACUAGAUGAUUCUCUCCUUUUUUCCCCCUUUUUAGGUUGAAAGAAGAGCAAUCCAACUAAGAUCUUUUUGUGAUUGGUUUUUUGGUUUUCCGUUCAGAGAAUGAGAAGCCUUGUGGAAAAAGGAAAUGUGGGACCCUCGCACAAACGAUGACGUCGAAAAAACUGUACACGAAACCUAACUAGGCUUACAACUAUGUAUUAAUAACUACGAGUAAUGCAAGCUUCGCACUCACUUUUUCACCAACAACGCAUAAUUGGUAAUUUAUUACGACUAAAAGAAUCAUCGAGAAAGCUUCAAGCCGUCCGUCCUAUCCCUCUAUCACCGGAAACAAACUGGAAUGAAAUUCGUUUGAUAUUAUUAUAACUUUUAGAAUUGCAUAAGAUUCAUCUAGGUUAAUUUUUCCUGUAAAUACAAACAUCAGUUGCAUCAUUGAUCGAUUCUGCGAAGAAAGAGAGAGAGCUUUCGGUGAAAACAAAACAAUAUUGACAAAUACUCACUCAGUAGUUUAAAAUUUACGAAACGAAGUAGAUAUCGUUAAGACUUUUCUCGACAAAGCAAUUCGACCGAGCGAGCUGAAAAAUGGUGAAACGUAGCACUGCCAUAUAAAAACCAAGAGGUUUUGCCCUUUUCGAACUUACAAGCUGCACCAAACUACCUGCUAAUUUCGUUGCAAAAGAAUAAAAUACUAAACGUAAAAAUUCUGGAAGUCCCAGUUAGUUAGGUGUCCAAAUCCAUCGCAAUUGAACGAAAAAUAAAAAUAAAAACGCCUUUCCUUGUAUACAAUUUAACAUCAUUUGUGGGUAUAAAUUACAAUUGUUUCAAAGAAUCCUUUUCCUAAAUCAACAAAAAGUGAUGGAUUGCAUACCCAGCUAACCGGUGAGAAUCACCAUUCGAAAAACCAUUCGCGGGCUAAUUCGAGCAAAUGUAGACGAACAAAAAGAAAAUAAGAAAAGAAGAGAAACAAUCCAAGAAUGACACUAAAAUCGAUAGUGAUAUAUUUAUAGCUAGUUAGACAAUAAAUUAUAAUUUGCCUCUGCACGUCAGAAGAGGAAGGUAAUCUUUUGUAAAUAAGUAGACUUAGGGAUUCUUUUAUUUUACCACACAUUUCUUUUGCCACACACACACAAACACAAGAACUAUGCUAAAUCAAACAAGUUCAACGGAGAUUUACAAACAGAUAUAGUAAGGACAGAAAUCGUACAUGUACCAUGAAUGCUUCUAAUUUAGUAUUAUCUUACGUAUGUUGCUUUUCGGUAACAAUUCAUAAACGGUACUAAAUGGACAGCGCACACGGUAUGUUAAUACUAAUUUACAUUCUUGACCAUUUCAUUUGCAUUUGAAAGCUAGUAAUGCACAUAGUACGUGUAAUAUUAUUUCCUCAGCUGCAAAACCCAUUUCUGUCUGCUUCAAAUGCGAUACAUUUCUCAUAUUCUUUAUGUAAUAAAAUACCUGUAUAAUAGUGAUAUUAAGCGUGGCAGGCAAUGCAAUACUUAAGGCAAUUUUAGUGAUGUUGCUGACAGUUCCGAUGAGAGAAUAAUUAUCAAGUAGGGGAGAAGUUAAAAUAGAUAUAUCUAGAUAAUGUGCCGCCUGAAAAGAAAACAGCUCGGAUUGCAAAACAAAUCGAGACAACUAUAAGUCCUUAACCUAUAUCGCGGAAAACGUCGACUUAGAAAGUGAGUGUAUCGGAAGUGAUUGAAUAAACAUGACAAUUUUUAAUAAAAAAAACUAAUG